UCCCCCUUCCCCUCCUCUUCACCCCCCCUCUCCCCCUUCUCGUCGCGUACAGCUGGACGCCUCCUCCCCUUGCUGUUGGCUGUUGCUUGCUUCCACCGCCCGCCCGCCCGCCCGCCCGCCCGCCUCCGACCCCCACAUCCUCCUCGGCAACGGAGCGCUCGGAGAUCCCCGGCGAGCGCGGCGGGCGAGCAUGGCGGCGGCGCCGUCGAGGUCCCGGGGCGACUACGACCACCUAAUCAAGCUCCUGCUCAUCGGCGACAGCGGAGUUGGGAAGAGUUGCUUGCUCCUUCGGUUCUCUGAUGACACAUUUACAACAAGUUUUAUCACCACCAUUGGCAUUGAUUUCAAGGUUAGGACAGUUGAGCUUGAUGGAAAGCGUGUAAAAUUACAAAUCUGGGAUACUGCAGGUCAAGAACGCUUCCGAACAAUUACCACUGCUUACUAUAGAGGAGCUAUGGGCAUUCUGCUUGUGUAUGAUGUGACAGACGAAUCGUCCUUCAAUAACAUUAGAAAUUGGAUUCGCAACAUAGAGCAGCAUGCAUCGGACAACGUCAACAAGAUCUUGGUGGGCAACAAGGUUGAUAUGGAUGCAAAACGGGUAGUGUCCACAGCUCAAGGUCAGAAGCUAGCAGAUGAAUAUGGUAUCAAAUUCUUUGAGACGAGUGCAAAAACAAAUCAAAAUGUGGAGCAGGUCUUCCUUACCAUCGCAAGGGACAUAAAGCAGCGGUUGACUGAGACCGUUGCUGCUGCAUCUGAGCCCCCAACUAUUCAGAUCAGUAGGCCAGAUCCCGACCAGCCCAACCCUGCCUCGCGGUGGUCAUCCUGCUGUAACACCUGAUCGACGCGGCAGCGAAACCACACAGCGCCUCAACGUGUGACAGCUAGGUUACUACUGCCCCUGCCUGCGUGUGCUUACUCCGGUGCCAAGCCAAGAUGUAAAUUUCGCUCGGUUGAUAUCUAGUGCCAAAGACUACCGAUACUCUGACCACUAUGGGUGUUUCGAUUCUUCAGCGAGGUGUUCGGGUGUGUUCCCGCUUUAAUUUAUCGCCUUUGUUAUAGCCCAGUGGCUCCAUGCUAAUGUAUGCUUGGGAACUCUUGUAAUUGUAGCGCAGCCAGACCGAUCUGCCGGAGCAAACGUCUCGGCAGAUAAGCUUGUGGUGGAUUUGCUCCUGUGUCGUGUAAAAACAAAACCUUGGAGGGACAGCAGUAUCUGAUUUGUAUGGAAUCGUUCGUGAUUGUACAUUAGUGGAUUAAUAUUAUCCGGUUGUUGCUCCCA